AUGAAUAUACACAAUACCGAUAUCACAACAGUAUUACAACAAGAUGCUACAGAAGAAAUGGUGGACUUGAAUCAACAGCAAUUAACAGUAAAAAACAAAAGAAAACGACAUGGUAAUCAAAAAUUACAUCAUUUCAAACGAAAAUAUCGUUCACGAGGAAUGACUGAAGAGCAAAUUACAGAGUUAAUUAAUAUGCGUAACGAUAAUAACAAUCAAAUAAACAACAACAACAACACAAUGGCAUCAAAUAAUAAUGAUAAGGUCGCAAAGAACAAGGCGAAACAACGGUCUAAUAAACGCAAACGAUCUGAACGAAACAACAAAGAAUAUGAUAAAAUGGCAAAGAGAUCAAUGAGUCAACUUUCUAUUUCUCAACAACAGCCAUCAUCAAAAAGACUAAAGACAAAUAAUAAUGAAAAUAAUAUAACAACAUCUACUGAUCAUAAACCUACAGUAUCAUCAAAAUAUCUACAGAUGCCAAAGAAAUUACUUUUACAUUCUUUACGUCUUCAAUUAAAUCAUCGAAUAAGAAAGAAAAAAGAAAAAUCAUUUAUUUUAUCAAGACUUCAAUUACUCGAUCGACAAUUCUGCAUAGAUACGGAUCAGUAUCUGUAUCAGUCAUAUUUUGUUGAUGGAUCACAGCAUAAGAUAUGGCCAGAUGAUAUUAUUGAUAUGGCACAAAUCGACAACUAUGAGCACGUAGAGAAGUUUAUCAAAGGAUAUUUGAUUCAGUUACAAGAAAAAUUUGAUCAAUGCACAACACAGUUAAUCAAUCAAGCAUUAUCAUGUCCAAAAUCGAUAGACUUACUGCUAAUUGAAAAUCAAUUAAAAGAAUUUGUUCGUCUACAUCAUCUUGAUUUAACAAGGAAAACUUAUUUUCAAGUGAAUAAAUUCAAAGAUCAUAUUUAUGAAAAAGAACUCUUUCAACAACUAUCAUCAUAUCCUUUAACAACUGGACAACAACAAAUUAUUCAACUUAAGAAACAUCAAAAAUCGAUACGGGACUAUAAGCGUCAAAUUCUUGCUAAGUGCUUAGAAGAAUAUGAAUCGACUAUUGAAAAAUAUGAAUUUUUAUAUCAAGAAGAAUUAAUUAAUUUUGAAUCUCAGUUAUUUGACACGGAACAAAAUGAUCUAACCAUCAAUAAUAAUUUAAUGAAGUGUCUUUACAAUUACUUACAUUGUCAAACGAUGAAGAAAAUACGUGAAAUACGAUUUAAUGAAACUAUUUUUCGUUAUAAAUUAUUACAUCCUCGUCACCGACGAUCAUCGUCCUCGACAACGAGUAAUAAUACAACUAAUAUCUAUCCAGAAGCUAUUAUUGAAAUAUUCGAAAAAGUGUUUACAACGAAAGAAUUAGAUCUACUCUCAUCAUUAGGAGGACCAAGCUACAUUCGACUUAACCAAACUUCUGUUCAAAACAGGAAAAAAAUUCAAAAACAGAUUCAGCAUCAACAUAGUACAAUUGUAGAUAAACUUGCCUCUGAUUUGUAUCGUCGCCAUGGUUUACCAACGAAAGCAUCCAUUCUGAAAAAAUUUAGUGAUCAACUUGAAACAAUUUUCAAUCAACAAUUUACCAUGCCACCAUCCGUAUCCUAUCGUGACAUGUAUCGUACACGACAAGAAUUGAAAAUAAUUUUAUCAAUUAAACGUAAGCUAAAAAAGUUACCAGUCAUUAUUCGUGAGUCAGAUAAAAGUGGCAUUAUUCAUAUUGGUUAUAAGAGUGAUUAUGAUGAUGAAGUCUUAUUAUAUCAAGAGAAAACAAAAGCAUAUAAAGAACUAUCUUCAAAUCCAUUGAUGGACACGUUCUAUAGAGUGAUUCGUUCAUUAAAUGACCUUUGUACAAAACAACAAAUUAAAGUGUGGCAACAUAAAAAGAUGAUACCUAAUCAAAAAACAAUACAAAUGGCUUAUCUCUAUUUUGUACCAAAACCACAUAAACAAGGUACACCAUUACGACCUAUCGUGUCAUCUAUGCAUACGCCAACAACGGGUAUAUCGAAAAUGUUAGAUCAAUUAAUUCGACCUCUCUUUGAUCAACACGUCGAAAAAACAACAAUUAUUGAUGGUGUUCAUCUGAUUCGUCGUCUUGAAUUAUAUGUUAGUUUAGGUUUAUUAAAACCAACUACUCACUUAUGUACAUGUGAUAUUACUGAUCUUUAUACAAUGUUACCACAAGAAGAAUCAAUUGCUAUUUUAAAACACUUUCUACAGCAUUUUAAAUAUACACAUGUUCAAGGUAUGACCAUUGACGCGAUCGAAACUUUAGCACGUAUUGUUCUAAUGGAAAAUGUUUUCUACUAUGAACAAAAAUACUAUCGUCAAAUAAAAGGUGGGGCUAUGGGAUCACCAUUUACUUUAACCCUAGCAAACAUAUUUAUGUGGCAUUGGGAACAAAAAUUAGUGCAAGAACAAAGAACGUCUAAUGAACUAUAUGGUCGAUAUAUUGAUGAUAUCAUCUUUACAUCUAAUGAUUCAGCUGAUAAAGUAAAGCAAAAGUUACAAGAUGCCAAUAAUUACCACCCAAAUAUUAAACUGACUUCUACAACUGAUAAAACUGUUUCAUUUUUGGACGUUCAAAUACAGAAUAAUGUUGAUAAUUUGAUUACUUCAGUCUACCAUAAAGAAGCUACUGAACCAUAUGUAGUACCCUUUCAAUCUGAUCAUCCACGACAUGUCUUUGUUAAUAUCGUUGAAUGUGCACUUCUUCGUGCUGUACGUUACUCGUCAACACUCGACCAAUUCAAUACAGAACGACGUGCAAUUAUGCUUAUGUUACUCUAUAAUGGCUAUCCGACACGAUAUAUUCACGGUCGAUUCGAGAAAUUUUUCCUUAAACAUUCUGUUACUUCGACAUCGAUUACACCAAUGAUUCAUGAUGAAAACGAAUUUUUAUUAUUGCACCACCAUUUGUUGAAUCAAACUACUCUUAAUCAACAUAGACGAGCAAACCGUAUUGCCCAAACCAUGGAUUACAAUAAUUUUCCUCCAGAUAUUGACCCACUCGUCAAAGAAAAACUGUUAAAGCGUCGAGACAGAGCCAACUCCAUCAUUAUCCGUUAUCUCCAUGAAAAACGUGUUGCUCAUUAUAAAAAAACAAUUCAUCAACUAUGGCAUGACACAUUUUACAAUACUCCCAUUCAAACAACGAGAUUUCUAGUUGCCACUAGAAAUAAUCCCAACAUCACCAAGGAACUUAUUCGCCGAAAUCCAUUUACCAAAAACCGACACGACAGACACCAACAAACAUCAACUAACUAA